AUGCGAAACAAUUAUAGUUCUUUGGAGUACAGCCGGACAUGUCAAGCGGCAGCGUCAGGAAUGGCUGCAGGAAUUUUGAGACUAACAGGUAUGCCUGGCUUUAUCUUCUACUUCGUAACGGUGGCCAUCCAAGCCUUAUUCUGGGAAGCCAAUGCAUGUCAACUUUUUGAGGUAGUUCAUAUCUCCAUUCAGGUCACAGAGCUCACGGAGCACUUGAGAAAAUCGGAAAAUUCGUUUGACUCGGACGCAACGGAUUGUAUUUACAGGGCCAUAAAGAUCAUGGCUAGACAAACACAGAAUAACUCACUUGGUUCACUGUGUUCAUCACCAGUAAGGUCUCCAGUACCGGGCAAGAUCGUGAUAACUUAGCCACCGGGGAUCACAGGAUGGAAAAUGAACUCAGCUUCAGCCUCACGAGCCAAGUCGGAGUUAUCAGAGAAGGGGUCACAGAACGAGCUGGAAACGAUCGUACCACGUCUUACUCUGGAAUUCUCACCUACCACGUCGGUAAAUCAUACGCCAUUGCCCUCACUCCAUAGUCAGCUGCUACCUGUCGACACACCAAGGUUACGCACAGGUAUUGAUGAGCCUUCACAUUGUUGUCAUCGGUGUUAUAAUCGACGUAGCUAUCUUCAAGCUUCAGAUUUGGUUUAUCUUUUUCUUUUUGGUCUUGGUACAGCUUUGAUUUUCUAUUACUUUUAUAUUCCCCCUCUAUACAAGGGUCAGGUGUAUUUAUCUCCUACCUCUCUAUCUUGCCACAGCUCUUUCGAUGAUUCUAGUUGUAUAUGGUGUAUUAGCAAUGGUAGCCGUUUUAGCGGAGUUUUACAGUCUACAGGUCUAACGUCAUAGCUAUUAGAUUCACUUUCACUAUCCUCAGCAUUCUUUGGAUGCUUCUUUCUAGUGCAGCUUUUUGAAUGUUCGUUUUUUGAAUGAUUGUCACCA